AUGGACCAACGACCUCUGGACCAACAACCUCUGGACCUACGACCUCUGGACCAACGACCUCUGGACCAACGACCUCUGGACCAACGACCUAUGAACCAACGACCUAUGGACCAACGACCUCUGGACCAACGACCUCUGGACCAACGACCUCUGGACCAACGACCUCUGGACCAACGACCUCUGGACCAACGACCACUGGACCUACGAUCACUGGACCAACGACCUCUGGACCAACGACCUCUGGACCUACGACCUCUGGACCUACGACCUCUGGACCUACGACCUCUGGACCUACGACCUCUGGACCAACGACCUCUGGACCAACGACCUCUGGACCUACGACCUCUGGACCUACGACCUCUGGACCUACGACCUCUGGACCUACGACCUCUGGACCUACGACCUCUGGACCUACGACCUCUGGACCUACGACCUCUGGACCUACGACCUCUGGACCUACGACCUCUGGACCUACGACCUCUGGACCAACGACCUCUGGACCAACGACCUCUGGACCUACGACCUCUGGACCUACGACCUCUGGACCUACGACCUCGGACCUACGACCUCUGGACCUACGACCUCUGGACCAACGACCUCUGGACCAACGACCUCGGACCUACGACCUCGGACCUACGACCUCUGGACCUACGACCUCUGGACCAACGACCCCUGGACCUACGACCCCUGGACCUACGAUCCCUGGACCAACGACCUCUGGACCUACGAUCCCUGGACCAACGAUCCCUGGACCAACGACCUCUGGACCUACGACCCCUGGACCUACGACUCCUGGACCUACGACUCCUGGACCUACGACCCCUGGACCUACGACCCCUGGACCUACGACCUCUGGACCUACGACCACUGGACCAUUUAUAA